GUGUGGUCGCACUCCCUAGUGUUAAAUAUCCCGAUCGUUGUAACAGCAUAACAGUGAUUGGGUUUUCGUAUGGGGUUUGACAAGGAAGAUCAUAUGAAAAAUUAUCACGUGGGUUAAUGUCUAUCUUCGGGUCCUGAGCCUUGACAACAGUCCUGAUUUGACAGCAGUCCGGCUUUAACAGGUUUUGUUUGAGCCGAUGGCCGGAGCAACAGUCAAGCAUGAACAGAUACCUGUGCAAGAUCAAGUAUGGAUGGAGGAUAUUGACGACGGUCUAUUCAGAAAGCAAAAGAUGGAGACACACCACUCUGAGCAACACAAGAAGAAUCUGCUAAUGUUCUGGUUCAGUGCCAGUCUCCAGGAAGGCACAGUUCGCUUUAACAAUAACCUCUACGCUGAUAUAAUCUUAUCAUCUGCCUUCACAGACCGGAAAAAUCAAUUUCCUAGCUUAGUAUCGUUUAUUGGAGCUACUGGAGCUGGGAAGUCUACCCUGAUUAAAGCCAUAAUUGACUACGGUGUCGGAGCCAAUAAGCAUGUGAUUAUGUAG